CCAAAUGUUGUAGCUAGUUCUUUAAAAACAAAUAAAGGGCGCGCUCGUGCACACAGCACAACACUACAGCGGAGCUGCUACAGAGGGGCUGCCUGCAGGCGCCAGCUGACUAACUGACGGAGACGCAGAGCAGCGCGAGGACGACGGGUCAGCGGGGCGGCGGGGCAGCGGCAGCUCCGGGAGAAAGAACCGGGGUACGAAUCCGUGUCCGUUGGGAGAGGACUGUGGGGCAGAGCGAUGCUGCUGACACAGAUGUUUCGCCGGUUCGGGAGAGACACUGCCUCUGCUUACUCUGUUUACUCUCAGAGGCAGAGUAUGAACAGUGUGAGGACUGUGAGGAAUGUGAGCACCAGUAAGAGGCUGCGGGUGCUGGUGGACAUGGACGGGGUCUUGGCGGAUUUUGAGGGAGGGUUCCUGAAGAAGUUCAGGAAAAGGUACCCACAAGAUCCCUACAUCACCCUGGAGGACCGAAGAGGAUUCUGGGUGUCCACUCAAUAUGGGGAGCUGAGGAGUGACCUCUGUGCAAAAGCCAUCAGCAUCUGGGAGUCCAAAAACUUCUUCAUAGAGCUGGAGCCUCUUCCAGGAGGUUUAGAAGCUGUAAAAGAGAUGUCCAGGAUGGAGAAUACAGAUGUCUUCAUUUGCACCAGUCCCAUUAAACAUUACAAGUACUGUCCAUAUGAGAAGUAUGCGUGGGUAGAGAAGCACCUGGGUUCUGAAUUCCUGGAGCAGAUCAUUUUGACCAGAGAUAAGACCGUAGUGACCGGAGACGUCCUCAUCGAUGACAAGCCAGACAUCCUCGGCGUGGAACCGAACCCGGCCUGGGAGCAUAUCCUCUUCACUGCCUGCCACAACAAACACCUGCCCCCCUGCCCCUCAAAGAGACACCUGCUGUCCUGGGACGACGACUGGAGGGGCGUCCUGGAGGACCUGCGCCGCUGACCCCGUCCACUUCACGUCCACGGACCAUUCACACUCUGCCGCACCCUGCCGUCUGGGUUCGCUCUGUGGGUGGGCAGAGAACACUGGGAGAACAGCGAGCGAGGACCUCCGCAGAUGCUGUUGAUGGUCUGCAUGGUGGUCCGUCUACAGAUAAAGGGUGUAAUCAUGAUGACACGAGCAUGACUCGGUUCUGUGUGAGAACAUUAAUAGAGUUAUUAUAGUCCAGAAGUUUUCACAUCUGUCGUGUUCAUGGUUUACAUCAGAGCAGAAACUGCCUCACACUUUCAUUUUACUGCAUUUUAAAGAAACACUGCUACUGUUCUCUUUUACAGUCACUAAAGUUACAGUAUGUAGAUACACUAUAUGUCCAAGUGUUUGUGGACUUCACUACGUAAUAAGUGUGUGCUUUCAGCUACUUUAAGUUACACCCAUUGCUGCUGACACAGAUGUGCAAAUGCACAUACACAGCUUUCACUGUAAAAAACUGCAAUAAAUAGUUAAAAACAUGUAAAUUUCCAUAAGAUACAAAAUAUUUGUAAAAAACAAAUAUUGUUCUCCUUAGAAUGAUUUUAAGCCAGCUGAACAAAAAAAAAUGAAUACCACCAUAAACUGUAGCAAACUAAUUUGCCUCAACUAACAUUAUUAAAUUUCUUGAUAAAAGGUGGUCUACCUAAAUGAUCUAUGUUGGCAGAUAAUACAAAUAAGGCCAAGCCAAUUACUCUGCACAUGCUCAGUUUGACUCUUUAGUUGAACAGGGUUUACUGAGCAAUUAUGCAGAGACUACACCUGAUGUUGGUCAUGCUAUUUGCAUAUUGGACAUGUCCCCCAACCUCACCAUCAGUGUGUAGUCAUUCUCCACAGGCUGCUGCUGCCUUCUACAGGGAUUUAAAUAUGUAUUAUAUAAUAAUUAACUGCCGGGCCUCAGUGUUAAAGGCUCUAAGAGCAAGUUGCUGUGUUUUGUGUGACUAUAUGCUGACUGGGUCCAGCUAGUCACAUUUGCAGGACUGAUAAUAAGGUAGAUAUGUAACAGUUGUAAAUUCCCACUUUCCAGUUGCUAAAUUAAAUGAAUGAAAAAUAGUGUUGCACUCCCUAUAUAAAUUUGAUUAAUGAAUAAUGUGUGAUUAACAACUGUUUUUGUUGUUGUUGAUCCUAACUUAUAACUCUUAACUAAGAACUAACAAUACACAUUUCAUCGAACUUAAAUUAUGCCUAAACUAAAACAAAAAGUUAUUUUUUUAGUUGGUGAAACUAACAAUUUGUAGUUUUUGUACAUAGGAAAACUGAAUUUUCUGAAGUAAAGAUUUGUAGUUGGCAAAUGGUAGUGGUUUUCUACAAAACUUAAAAGUUUGAGUUGGCCUCUAACUUUUAUCUUUCACAGUUGUUAUCCCUCAAAAAAGAAAAGCACUGUUACAUUAAAAAAAACAAAUGUAAAGUAAUGUUCAGAAGUAAUCCAUAGCAGUGAUUAAUCCACAUAACAAUAAUCAUUUUGUGUAAAAUUACAGAAAAUUUCCUAAUUGUUAGCAAAAACACACUUAAUUUUUAGUUAGCUUUAGUUAGUAUUCCAAUAAAUAAUUGAUUUCCUUAAAAUUAGUGUUACUGCCAAAAAGCUGUGUAUCGAAUCCCUGUAUAAAAGUAUUGCCAAUAGAAUGGGACUCUCUGAAGCAGAUAGAC